GGCUGCCUGCCUAGGUAGAGAUACCUAGGUCGUUGUCUCGUCAACAGAAUGUAUCCAAUCAGUGCCUUACUGGCUUUUGUCAUCGGCACCCCAGGAUAUCCCUCAAAUAGUCAGGGGUUCUGCGAGCCAGGAAUCCGUUACCCAUCACAGAAAAGGAUGAAAAAGGGGAUAUAUUCAAUAUGGGUUCAUGGACAAGAUGAACUUAUUCACAACAUUUCCCCUAACAAUAUGGAUCGACCAAAGCAUAGAGGGCCAUCACUGCUGGAAUGGGCAGGAGCUAGCCUGACUACUAAAUACCAGAACAUGGAAGGAGAUCUCCAAUUUAGGACUUCAUAUGCAGCAGGUACGAACAAGAUGGGAAGUCGCAAGUGUACCCAUCGCACCUCCCUCUUUCCUUCAAGUCUAAUCAUCAAGUGGAAGGCACGAUGGGGAGUGAUAUUAUGAGAAAUAGGCAGGUGUGAUCAGCCUCCAGAAUGACACGCGCGACUGACGGCCGAGGCCUCGACCGUUCCUUCCUCAGAGGAUAAAUUUUGUAAACAAGGAAGGUGCAAUGGGGAGAGACAUUGGUUAUUAGGGUUAGGCAGGUGCAGUACGUGAAUGGAUUUGUAUAAGGCAGGCACGAC